GAUGCCUGGGCUCAGAGGCAGCAAGUGGGGCUGAGGUUUCAGUCCUGCCUGGGGACUUCAUGCUAGCAUGGCCCUGCAGUUGCUGGCUCUGAGGUUUCUCCUGGUCCUUUUAUCUCCGCUGCCAGCACAGAGCCAGGAAGAACCUGAUCCCAAGGUCCAAGGAGUGCCCUGGAAAACAGAAAUGUGCCAAAGACCCCGGUGGGACUCAAGACUCCGGCUGGCACCAGACCAGGAGAAUUACAAGAAGAAUGAAGAAGUGAUGUUGAGUUGCACUGAUGGUUUCCAGGUGUCCUUCACCCAUGUCAAAUGUUCAAGUGAAGUCCAGUCCAUCAGUCAUGGGAAACCUGUAUACCGAGAAGUUUGGCUUGGAAAGGACAGCAGAGGUGGCUGGAUUCGCAUUCGGUCCAGCGUGGAGUGCAUCGAUGUCCUCCAGGUUGUCCCUGGGACCUUGGAGGUUUCCAGCACCAGCAUCAAACUGAACUGGACCUGCAGGCUCCCUGACGCCUGCCAGCAGGUUCGGGCCAGGUGCCGGCUGGAAAAGAAUUCCUCCUUUCCCUGUGAGGCUGAGGAGGUGAAGGGAGAGGAGACGCUCCAUGGCCAGGAGGGAACAUUCACCUGCCCCCCUCUGCAGCCCUUCACUGACUACAGUAUCACUAUGUACCUGCCCCCCAACAACGCCUUCAGAGCCCAGCCUUGCACGGGAGGGGAGAGCAGCUGA